GGGGGCCGGUGGCGGUGGCGGUGCCGGGGCCGGGGCCGGGCCGGGCCGGACCGGGACCGAUCGCGGCGCGAUGCAGAAAUACGAGAAGCUGGAGAAGAUCGGCGAAGGCACCUACGGGACCGUGUUCAAGGCUAAGAACCGGGAGACGCACGAGAUCGUGGCGCUGAAGCGGGUGCGGCUGGACGACGAUGAUGAGGGGGUGCCCAGCUCGGCGCUGCGGGAGAUCUGCCUGCUCAAAGAGCUCAAGCACAAGAACAUUGUCAGGCUCCACGACGUUCUGCACAGCGACAAGAAGCUGACCCUGGUCUUUGAGUUUUGCGACCAGGACCUGAAGAAAUACUUCGACAGCUGCAACGGGGAUCUGGACCCCGAGAUUGUCAAGUCGUUCAUGUACCAGCUGCUGAAGGGCCUCGCGUUCUGCCACAGCCGCAAUGUCCUGCACCGGGACCUGAAACCCCAGAACCUGCUCAUCAACAGGAAUGGGGAGCUCAAGCUGGCAGACUUCGGGCUGGCCCGGGCCUUCGGCAUCCCUGUGCGCUGCUACUCGGCCGAGGUGGUCACUCUGUGGUACCGGCCCCCCGAUGUUCUCUUCGGUGCCAAGCUCUACUCCACCUCCAUUGACAUGUGGUCAGCUGGGUGCAUCUUUGCGGAACUGGCCAAUGCGGGGCGGCCCCUCUUCCCAGGCAAUGACGUGGACGACCAGCUGAAGAGGAUCUUCCGGCUGCUGGGGACCCCCACGGAGGAGCAGUGGCCGGCCAUGGCCAAGCUGCCGGACUACAAGCCCUACCCCAUGUACCCAGCUACCACCUCCCUGGUCAACGUGGUGCCCAAGCUGAACGCGACUGGCCGGGACCUGCUGCAGCCCCCCGUGCCCCCCAGAACCUGCUCAAGUGCAAUCCAGUGCAGCGGAUCUCAGCGGAGGAGGCCCUGCAGCACCCCUACUUCACCGACUUCUGCCCCCCCUAGGGUCCCCCAACCCCCAGACCCCCAUGAGGGGGGCAGCCCCCAGCCCCCCGCAGCCAGGUGCCAGCCCGUGCCAGCCCCCUGAACUGCAGCCCCUCCGGUAUUUAUUAGGUUCUGCCCUGGCUGCGGGGGGCUGGCACAACCCCCCCAGCCCCCCAGCCCCGGGGGGUGGAUGAGAGGGCUGGCACUCCCUCCAGGGACACAGGACUCACCCGGGGGCAGGGGACUUCCCAAGGCAUGGGAACCCCCGGGACAUGGGGCCACAGGGCUGCUGGAGGGGCAGGACCCUCGGGGACCAGGCACAGGGACCCAGGGGGGAAUACGCCCCCCACCCUCCUCUCCCGACUCCCCCCGACCCCUUCUCUGCUGGGGGUCCUGGGUGUGCCCUCAUCUAGGGCGCUGCUGUACGUGGGUGAUGUGCGUUUGGUGUCCCAUAAAGAGCUUCCCCCCCCA